GCAGCGCUUGAGGUGCUUUAACGCUUCGGCUAAUUGGGGCCCGUUACUUCUUUAAGGUUCAUUCUCGCGCCGUUGUUGCGGUUGGACUUUGUUAUUUUAUUGUAGCUUUUUUGCUGGCUCGUUGGUAUUUUUGCUGCCACUCGCUCCUUCCGAUACACACUAUUUUUCCAUCUGCGAAAUCGAGACACUUCAAGCGAAGCAAAUAACUUUAAAAACAGUUAUCAAAGUUGCCUGCUUAGUUCUACUCGAGGCAGCGCUGCACAAUUCAGCAGCAAAACUACUCAACAACAACAAAAUUKUAUUCAAAAUCAAAGCUCUGUGCGGUGUCCACGGCUGCAGACAACUUCGGAGUCGUCAUAGUCCCUGCCGUUAGCGUCCUCUGGCGUUUUUUGCCCCGUGCGCCGAGUGUGAUAUAACAGCAGUGAAGGAGUGUCCAUCUUAGCCUCUUCUCGCCUCUACAUGUGUCCGUGUGUGCCCAUGAAGCAUUGAAGUGACGGCGACUCAACGUGGAUCCCAGGAACAAAGUGAGGCCUUGACCAUUGAAGGAGGGUGCUCGCGACAUUUAAAUGAAGAAUCAUGGGGAAUGGUAUGAACAAGGUCUUGCCGGGACUAUAUGUGGGCAACUACCGCGACUCCAAAGACUAUCAGCAGCUGGAGAAGUUCAAAAUUACUCACAUAAUAGCCAUACAUGACAGUCCCAGGCGCCUCUUGCCGGACAAGCACUAUCUGUGUGUGAUGGCUUCUGAUACUCCAGAUCAAAAUUUGUCGCAGUACUUUUCCGUGUGCAACGACUUCAUUCACGCAGCCCGGCUAAGGGAGGGCAACGUGCUGAUCCACUGUCUGGCUGGGAUGUCGCGCUCCGUAACUGUUGCGGUCGCCUACAUUAUGACCGCCACGCACUUGAACUGGAAGGAGGCUUUGAAGGUGGUGCGCGCUGGUCGCGCAGUCGCCAAUCCCAAUACGGGCUUUCAAAAUCAGCUGCAGGAGUUCGAGCAGUUCAAACUAUCGGAGGAGCGUCGGCGUCUGAGGGAGCGCUUUCCGUCGUCGGCGCUGGAGCAACUAGAUCGGGUGAAGUGCAGCGUCGCCCUGGACAGCUACCAAGAGCUGCUGCAGAACAGAGACAUAUGCGAGGGCAACUGCUCUCGCGGUGAAAAGUGUCCCACAGGCGUUUGUAACAUGGACCCCACCAAAGGACUUUUCCGUCGUCGUCCGUCGAGUGCCUCCAGCACGCAAUCGAGGGUGCGCGCCCAGUCCUCUAAUGCCAACACCAACAGCAACUCAUCGUCAAGCUCCUUGGGCGUCAGCAGCGCUGCCGGAGGCCUUGUCGUCGUAGCCCAGUCGUGUCCCACGUCGCCAAAGCGCUCGCCUCUGCAGCGUCGCUCCGUUGGCAACGAGCGCAUCCCCGAGGACGAGAUCGCCCAGCAACCAGUUACCUCCAGCGAAGCUGCCGAGUACGCAGCAGCCAUUGAGGAUGCUCGCCGCGAGCAGCGUCAGCAGCAGCUUCAACUCCAGCGGUCUCCGUCACGCCAGAGCUACAAGUCAGGCGGGCGAGUCAACUCCAUAAGUGGAGCAGGGCGCGUGAGCAGCGCGGGCAGUCAAAGGGAGAAGCCGGAAGCUGAGGACAGCAAUGGCAGUGCCGCGCAUCUGCAGCGCAGCGCCAGCACGGUCAGCGGCUUUGGCGUGCGUCCCCGCAGCAGUCCGGCGGGUCUGCAUGCCUACACGGGCUCGGUGCCGUCAUCUGUGCACGGAUCGCGGGUCGAUCUUCGCGAGGUUGACAAGGGCUCGGCUAUCUACUUGGGUUGUUCAGCGCCGCGUGCUUCAACGUUAUCGAUAACAUCGUCCCGUGGUUCAUCGGGCGGUUCGGCACCGCCCUCUCCAUGCCAUACCCCUCCCUCCAGCCCACGGCAUGGUGUCAGAAGAUCGACUAGCUUGGCAAAAAAGUCCAGGUGAAGCCGGCUACUCUCAUCAAGCUCCGCUCUCGAAUAUUUGUAUACAGCAGAACCUGCCCACACGUUUGUAAUCUAUUUGCGCGCUAACUUCAGCGAAACCUAUUGAGGAUCACUUCCUACGAUUAUCACUUAGACUCAGGUCUACAAGGGAUGAACGCCGAUCUCUUGCCGUUUUUUCACACAUCUACAUCUGUAGGUGCCCCUAUACCUUUUUGUAGGCUUAAUAAUGCGACUAAUUCGGAAGCAGCCUUAAUUUUGCACAAUUAAAGUAUUAGAUAUUUACUAUGCUCCUUAUGAACCUCACCAGAUGUUAAGCAAUCCAAGAUGUUAGUCUUACGUUUUAUGUUGUGUGAGUUGAAGGGAGCCGAGGCUCGUAUUACAUUGACCUUUCAUUCAUGGCGCUCUAGUCUAAUUAAUCAGAAUGAAGGUAAAAUCUAACAUGCUCUCUCUAUCAGAUUUUGGUGAGGUACUUUAUAGGGUUCAUCUAUCGUCCAUGAAAUAUUAGCAAGCUAUUGGAAACUUGAAAAUCGCUUAAGCUUAGAAUUGUUGAUAUAUAUUUAGCAGCAUUCGUCAAUUGAGUGCAAAUCGAAAUAAUCAAAACUUGUAGCAGGAGGAAACCUUACAUAUUUGUAAAAUUGUUGACACUAUUUUUUAAGAGAGGCAUUUA